GCGUCCACUCUCUUCCCAGCAAAGUCAAUCAAUAAAAAUCAAUCGACUAUUAACGCAAAUCCCGUCUCCUUCAUCCCUGCGACUAAACCCCACCGGCAAUGGCCACCACGGCGACCGACGCAGCGGCAGCGACCAAGGAGCAGACGACCAAUAGCGCCGGCGGCGUUGGCGAGCAGAAGACGCGCCACUCCGAGGUCGGGCACAAGAGCCUGCUCCAGAGCGACGCGCUCUACCAGUACAUCCUGGAGACGAGCGUGUACCCGCGUGAGCACGAGUGCAUGAAGGAGCUCCGCGAGGUCACCGCCAACCACCCAUGGAACCUGAUGACGACGUCGGCGGACGAGGGGCAGUUCCUCAACAUGCUGCUCAAGCUCAUCGGCGCCAAGAAGACCAUGGAGAUCGGCGUCUACACCGGCUACUCCCUCCUCGCCACCGCCCUCGCCCUCCCCGCCGACGGCACCAUCCUGGCCAUGGACAUCAACAGGGAGAACUACGAGCUCGGCCUGCCCUGCAUCGAGAAAGCCGGGGUAGCGCACAAGAUCGACUUCCGGGAAGGCCCGGCGCUGCCCGUCCUGGACGCGCUCCUCGAGGACGAGCGCAACCACGGCAGCUUCGACUUCGUCUUCGUCGACGCCGACAAGGACAACUACCUCAACUACCACGAGCGGCUCAUGAGGCUCGUCAAGGUGGGCGGCCUCCUCGGCUACGACAACACGCUCUGGAACGGCUCCGUCGUGCUCCCCGCCGACGCCCCCAUGCGCAAGUACAUCCGCUACUACCGCGACUUCGUGUUAGAGCUUAAUAAGGCCCUGGCCGCUGAUCUGCGGGUCGAGAUCUGCCAGCUCCCCGUCGGCGAUGGCAUCACCCUCUGCCGCCGCGUCAAGUGAAGAAAGCGUUUCCCGUCGGCGCCGCCCCUGUCCGGAAUAGAUGCCAACAAGACAUUGAAUAUCGGGACCAUUAAUUUUGGAAUUUUAUGCUCCACUGUGUAUCUCAUUAUUCGUCGUUUCGGCUAAUUUUGGAAUUUUGUAUCUUCUUCGAAAUUCUCAUUUCCAAUACGUACUCCUAAUUUAUUGCUAAAAUGUGAACAGUAAAAACUUCUGUGCCAAUCGGGCAAUGGCGGCCGGCAUUGAUGGACCGAACCGGCCGAUGAUCCUCCUGCGGAAUUCUUCUCUUGCUUGCACAACAAACAUGUCGAAAUUUGGGGACUCUGAAUCCUUGCAAUAUCUGGCGCAAUAAAUCUACAAGUUGACAGAGAUGUGGGCCGCUUCUUUGAAUAGUCCGUCGAUAGCGAAUAGAUGAACUCCGAAUUUUUACUCCUUUUGGCUGAAGAUUUCCGCCGCUUGACAGAGAUGUGGCCGCUUCUUUGAAUAGUCCGUCGACAGCGAUAUGUGUGUACCAGUACUGUGUAGUGCAGAUAUUUGCUGCCAUUUUGUUCUACAAGUAGAUGACCGACCGGCAAUGGGUGUGGUCUGGAAGUUUGACUUGGCCGAACGACAAAUACUUCCUAAAAUGAUUACGAGAGAGAUUCAGAGAUCUCUACGUCAGGGGAUCCAGGUCCAAAUGAUUAGUACUACUGCUCCACUGUGAAGUGUGAAAUCUGAAAUCAAGUGCAGUGGGUUUGAAGUUUCC